AAUGAAAUUUUGCAAUGGAGAGUGACAGUGCGUGAGAGGGGGGUUUGGUCAAGCGAGAAGCAGCUGUCCUCCAAUAAGAUUGUGCCACCUCAACGCCAGCAUGCUCACGUAGAGCACCAGAACCUUCUUCCUCCUCCUCCUCGGGGUACACCAGAAUCGCUCCCUUCCCAUUUCCAGAAGCAUCGAUCAUCGAUCGUGGAUCGUGGAGAGCAUGGCUCCCACACAAGUGUACGUGCCUAGGCCUCUGCAAGUGUGGAGAGCAGUGGUGAAUUGGCUCGGAUUCUUCCUCCAAAUCUUCCUCCAGAUCUUCAGAGGUACCCCAUCUCUGCCUCAGCUCCUCUCCUACAUCGGCCUUCGCCACCCUCUUCUCCCCUCCUCCGCUUCCUCCUUCAGGCCCUUGCCUGUGGUCGAGCUUUCGCUGCACGACUCCUCGCCAGAGCCGCCCUCUGCUCCUCUUUCUUCGCCGCUGCCCGUUAGAGUCGUUGAACAUAGUCCUUUCGGUGGUGGCGUUGGCGGCGAUGAUGACGGUGGUGAUGAUCGUCCCCUGGAGAAGCUGACGGUUGUUCUUGACUUGGAUGAGACUCUGGUAUGUGCAUAUGAAACCUCUAGCUUGCCUGCCCAUUUACGCACCCAGGCAAUAGAAGCUGGACUGAAGUGGUUUGAGUUGGAAUGUGUAUCUUCAGACAAGGAAUGUGAAGGAAAACCAAAUAUCAGUUACGUAACAGUGUUUGAACGACCUGGUUUACAAGAAUUCUUAGAACAGAUCAGUGAAUUUGCAGAACUUGUUCUUUUCACUGCUGCUCUUGAAGGUUAUGCUAGACCUCUUGUUGACAAAAUUGAUGCGGGAAACAGAUUUAGUAAACGGCUUUAUCGGCCUUCAACAGUUAGCACAAAAUAUCGGGAACACGUGAAGGAUCUAUCUUGUUUAUCAAAGGAUCUCCGUCGAAUUGUUAUUGUUGAUAACAACCCAUUCAGUUUCUUGCUGCAACCAUUGAAUGGGAUACCGUGCGUUCCAUUUUCCGCUGAACAGCCUAAUGAUAAGCAGCUUUUGGAGGUCCUCCUGCCACUCCUCAAGCACCUCUCUCUGCAGAAGGAUGUCAGGCCUGUACUUUAUGAGAGAUUCCAUAUGCCCGAUUGGUUUCAAAUGCAUGGAAUUCCUGCUUCAAAUCUGACAAUAUGAAAUGAUAAGGUCACGCCCAUCCGAGCCUUGAUUAUUCUUUUGGCACCUUCAGCAGAGACAUGUAUGAAGCAGAGCACCACAGCACCACCCCUCUCGUCUCUUCUUGUAAGCAGGUGCUAUAAAUUGAGUUCAUAUUUUCCUUGGCAUUCCCAUUUAGAGCAAUAGCCAUGGGAGGUAUAACCAGACAUCAAGUUUAUCAAGAAUUGUUUAACUCUGAUUCUUUUGUAAUUAGGUUUCCCCAUUCGAUGUUAAUGAAUUUGUAACGCAUUGAAGGACUUGUCUUUGCAAUUAAUUAUUUUCUGCCAA